ACCUACGGCAUCAAUUCUUCCGUCCAGAUCUUUGCCGGCCAUCUCAGCGCUCUCCAGCUCUCCGCUGUCUCCACUGCCCUCACUCUCUGCUCCAACUUCACUACUGGCUUCCUGUUUAAUAUAGGAAUGCAAUUAGUACGGAUGGAAAAGCAUAGAUGAUGGAGUCCCCGGGGAUCAUCUGCCAAGCAACUGGUAGUUGGGGUUAGUGAUAUCUCUCAUGGUCUCAAGCAAUCAUAUCGGACAAAGAAUUGAUUUAGACAUGACAACGAAUAUGGGCCAUCCUAGCAAUUUGAUAUUUGCAUAGAUGUUAACCCUUUAAAUAUGUUAUUGUUUUGGAAUUUUUUGUAUGCACUCAAUUGACUUGUUUCCCUCCCCCAAUAAAGAGGCUCCCAACAAUAAUUGAGGUUGUAGUUUAUCCACCUUUAGUAAAAAAAUAAUAAUAUCGAGAAUAAAUCGUAUGGGGAUGUCGUAUGGGGAUGUUCUCUCAAAUUAAAAAAAAGUAGAGAGAGAGAGAGAGAGAGAGAGAGAGAGAGAGAGGGGGGGGAUGAGAGAGACAUAAACAAAUGGGUGUGAAGAGAGAGAACAACAGUGUUAUAAAUAGUAGUCAUAUCAUUAUACCAACAACAAAUGGGUGAUUGAUUGGUUCUAUUUUGGUUUUUAUAGUUUUACGUUGCAGUAGAAAUAGAAUUGAACAAUUAUAAUUAGUUGAGUUAUUGUAUGUGUGAUUUAGAUUAAAAUACUGUGCAUUUCACAUUUUACCAUAAUACUAUUCAUAAUUACUGUACAAAUGAAUGAUAAUUCUAUCAUUGUAGAGGUGAUGAUGAAUACCAUUUGGAUUUCAAUCGACGAAUGUUCGUAAAGAUUGAAUCUACGAACAUUCGUAUAUGACGCAUCCUCAUAUAUAUCUGUAUCAUAACAAAUCUUGUUCUUUACUAGAUUACAGUACAAAUGAAUGAUAAUUCUGUCACUGUAGAGGUGAUGAUGAAUACCAUUUGAAUUUCAAUCGACGAAUGUUUGUAAAGAUUGAAUCUACGAACAUUUGUAUAUGACACAUCCUCAUAUAUACCUAUAUCAUAACAAAUCUUGUUCUUUACUAGCUUAUUAUAGACUUUUUUUUUUAUUUAGUAAUAUACUAGUUCAUUUGUUAUUAUUAGUUUGUUUGAAAAUUGUACUAAAUCCCUUAGCUCAUGUUCGGUGAUUGCGCAUGUGUAUUGAAAUAUUAACUCUAUUCCUGUGCAUGUUUUUGACGUGACUUGUCCACAUUUUGUAAAAAGAAAAUUCAUAAGUUUCAAAAAAAAUUGAAAGGUUUUGUUUUUAAAUUAAUAUUAAGAAAUGAAACUCUUGAUAAUCUAGAUAAUUUACCAAGUGAAUGUGGGUCUUGGGGCAUACCGAAAAAUUCAAUUUUUAAGGGGCACAAAUAAAAAAAGUAUUUUUUUUUGGGAUAUACUCUACAUAUUGGGUAUCUUUUAUAUGUUUAUUGUAAAUGACAAAAGAUAAUAUUAUAUGAAGGGGAAUGAUUGAAAGAAAGGGAGGUAAAAGUUGGUGGCAUAAUUUUUUGUUUUAUAAGAAACGUAUGUUAAUUGCUGCUCAGACUCAUUAGAGGGUUAUGUGUAUGCAUGCAAAUAAUGGUUUUAUCUUUUGGGUUAGCACAAACAAAUAUGAUCUUUUGUAGGGGUGUAUAUGCGAAUUUACCGAAGAACAUGGGACAUGAACCUCAGUGUCUCACAAUAAAUGAUCACUCCUUAUGACAACCACCACCUUUAAGUUUGCUUUUUUGUUUUAAAAUAUUUCUUACUUUUCCUAACAAUGAAAUUAACCAUAAUCAACAUUAGUUUUUCACUCUCUUAGAUUGAAAUUAGCUUGAAUUUAAACGUUUCAGUGGGGGUUCAACUGGGGAAUGUUGUUGAUGUACAUAUGUGUGUGUGUGUGUGUUUACAACACAUUGUUGCAAAUAGAUUGGUUGAAUUGUGAAACAAAAGUAACAUGGAACAGCUCAGCAUGGGGAGUGCUCUAGAGACCCUAAGUGGACAAGCGUUUGGAGCAGGGCAAGUAAGCAUGCUCAGCAUUUACAUGCAACGUACAUGGAUCAUCCUCAUCAUCUCCUCCAUCCUCAUGUCACCGAUCUACAUCUUUGCGACCCCCAUCCUCUCCUUCCUUGGCCAACAAUCUGAUAUUGCCUUCCUCGCCGGCCGCUUUGCUCUUCUUAUUCUCCCCCAACAAUUUGCCAUGGCCAUUUCCUACCCUUCCCAAAAGUUCCUCCUAACUCAAAAUAAGGUCCUGCCUCUUGCAUUCAUUGCUUUCAUAUCUCUUGUUCUUCAUCUUUGUGCGCUUUGGUUCUUCACCUCUGUCUUGGAAUGGGGCUCAACUGGGGCAGCUAUAGCCUUUGAUGUGUCUUCAUGUGCAAUGGCUUUGUUUCAAGUGAUCUACAUUAUGUUUUGGUGCAAGGAUGUAUGGAAUGGUUUUUCAUGGUUUGCUUUCAAGGACUUGUGGCCUUUCAUUAAGCUCUCUCUCUCAUCUGCUUUCAUGCUUCUCUUGGGUGAUUGGUAUGGUGCUCUUGUGAUGUUUCUCACUGGCCUCCUAAACAAUGCACAGGUUACAGUUGCAUCAGCCUCCAUAUGGCUGAACAUAAAUAGUUGGGAGUAUAUGUUGGUCACUGGAUUCUUGUCGGCAACAAGUGUGAGGCUGUCAAAUGAACUUGGAUCAGGCCGGCCGAGGGCAGGGAAGUACGCGGUCAUCGUAUCUGGCUUGACAACACUAUUCAUCAGCCUUAUCUCAUCUUCAUUGAUCUUGGCAACCUGGGACAAAUUCCCAUUGUUGUUCACCAGCAGCAAAGAAGUACAAGAUUCUGCCUCUACUGCAGUAUACCUCCUUGCCAUUGUCUUGAUGAUUACCGCCAUUCAAUCUACAUUAAUAGGAUCAAUCACCGGAACCGGAUGGCAAGGUCUUGUUGCUUAUAUUAACUUAGCUUGCUAUUAUCUCCUUGGAAUUCCUCUUGCUGCUGCUCUUGGAUUUCUUUUUCAUUGGGGCUUGCAGGGAAUAUGGAUUGGGAUGAUAUCUGGUUACAUUGCUCAAACAUUGGUUCUCAUAACCAUUGUUUGUAAGACCAACUGGAAGGGUCAGGUUAUACAAGCGGAAAAAAGGCUCCAAUUUUGGAGUGGAGAAGAUCAAUAAACAAAAUGGGUAGAAUGAUUUGAUUAAAAUACUCAAAACUUUAAUUGUUGUAAUUUAUUUGUAAAUUAAAUUGUUUAGUGCAGGGCGCCACUUAUUGUAAUUUGUUACAAUUAAAUUGUUUACUGACACCAUGACAUUAAUUGUUGUGAUUUAAUUAACUUGUAUAUUUUUAUUGUA